UUUUAUCAUACAAGUUUGAUUUGCCUUUUGCAUUGUCUCCCUCUCGCGACAAAAAGAGAAAGACAAAACACUUUCUGUCUUUCUUUUUUUCCCUCCCUCUCUCUCUCUGUCUUGGACCCUUUUCAUAUUUUUCUGAGAGUAUAUUUUAUUUAUUUGACAAACUUUGUAGCUAAACUAUGGCCUUAGAGGCUGUUGUCUACCAGCAAGAUUCAUUCUCUUUAAUCUCUUGCAAAGAUUUUCAGUUUCACGACUUAUACUUUCAACAAGAAGACAAUCAAGAUCCACUAGACACCAAGAACAACAUUAAGCUAGGGCAAGAACAAGGGUUUCCGAGUAUUAAUAAUAAUGGUAAGAGCGAAGAUACAAAUGAAGACUAUAACUACAACGACCAAGAGGAUCUUCACUGGCAACAAGACGACCUUCUUUAUGGAUCUGCCUUGGACCAACUUCCGCCGUCCACGGAUGUGGCGGGUGGAGUGGGAAGGAGGAAGAGGAGAAGAAUGAAGAGUAGCAAGAACAAGGAAGAGAUCGAGAACCAGAGGAUGACUCACAUCGCCGUAGAGAGAAAUCGCCGGAAACAAAUGAACGAGUACCUAGCCGUGCUACGUUCUCUCAUGCCACCUUCUUAUGCUCAAAGGGGGGAUCAAGCGUCAAUAGUAGGCGGAGCCAUUAACUACUUAAAGGAGCUUGAGCAUUAUUUACAAUCACUUGAGCCUCCGUUAAAAACCACCGGAGCCUCCACCGCCGCCGACAGCUCCUUGGGACCGUUCUCAGAGUUCUUUGCUUUUCCUCAAUACUCGAGCCAACCUUGUUCAUCGUCUGUGGCUGAGGGGAUGGCUGAAAUAGAGGUGACGAUGGUGGAGAGCCAUGCGAGUGUGAAGAUACUCGCCAAGAAGAGACCGAAACAGCUUCUUAAACUAGCGGCAUCGAUACAGAACCUAAAGCUUACUAUUCUACAUCUCAACGUCACGACUCACGACGAGUCCGUCCUCUAUACCAUCAGCCUAAAGGUUGAAGAAGGGAGCCAGUUGAAUACAGUGGAAGAUAUUGCUGCAGCCAUGAAUCAAAUUCUAAUGAGGAUUGACGAAGAGUCAUCCUGAGCUAAUAUAGUUGAAUUUUAGUUAUGACAC